AUGCCAACCCUUAAACAGCUAACCUGCCAUGUCGAAUGGGCUCCAACUGAUAUUCCCUUCAAGGAAUAUGGGAUAGCUUACGGCGAUGGCACCGUGGAAAGCUAUAUUGCCAUCCCCUCAACGUCAUCACCAUUCUCCGUCAGUCUCAAGUCCAGCGGCUACAUCGCCCCGGGUCUGGCCAUGUUCGUUUUCAUGGAUGGUGUUUAUCAGUGUAACAGGAACAGAGAUGACCUGAUUGCUACGGAAGGCAAACCCAGAGAAAAAGCCAAAGGAGAUAGAGGAAAAGGAGCGCGUAAAGGAGUGAAUUUUCGCGUGAGACAAAAAGAAGAGAUGCGAGGUGAUGGAAAGUGGAUUGGGAGACCAUGGAGAUUUGAACCGCUGCAGAUAAGUAAGUACAAAACUGGACGGAUUUUGACGAAUAAUGGUGUUGAUAUUGCGGGGUUCGCCAUGAUAGUUCCAGAAGUGCCAGGAAUGCCAGAUAUUGGCCCUAAGAGUCAUUUUGAUCACCUUGGAGAAAUAAUGGUGAUUGUCCUCCGCUGCGUACCAAGAAAUGGCGGUGCCGAUGGGCUGUCUGAUGGGUCCCGAACACCAGAUUCAGCCAUGGCGCCGAGCCUUGAUCCCAACGGUAAGGUAGCCGGCUAA